AUGAGUUACAAAGAAGACAAAAGGGACUCAGAAGAUUGUGAUCAUAAGAAUGAUGGUUCAACACUGUAUGUAUCUAAUUUAAGUUCAAAAAUAACAACUGCAAAACUUCAGGAUAUAUUUGAAAAAUACGGCACUAUAGAAAAAUGUUAUGUUAUUAGCAAUCCAAUUACGAGAGAGUCAAGAAACUUUGGAUUUGUUACUUUUAAUUCAUCUGACGAUGCACAUAUUGCUAUGAACAAGGCAAAUAAAAUGGACAUAGAAGGGAGAAUUAUUAACGUAGAAAUAGCUAAACGAAAUGAACCACAUGAGCCAACCCCAGGGGAGUACAAGGGAAUUCAAAAUAUGAUAAAAAGAAACGGAAUGAGAUAUGAUUUUUAUGGGAGAAGAUACGACAGACCUUUUGAUAAUAGAAGAUACUAUCCAAGAAGAGUUAACCCGUAUAACAGGGACCGCUUUAAACAUUAUGAUAACAGAAAUAACUCUUUUAGAAACUACGAUAGAUACGGAAGAAACACAUACAACGACCACAGAAAUUACAGCAGAAGGUCAAUAGAUAAUAAAUAUCAUAAAAGAAAUGAUUAUUAUGAAAGGAAUGUAAGUAGUGAUGAUGAAAGAGGGUAUUCAAGAGAUGGAAGUAAGAGAAGGAAAAGAUACGAACGAAAUAGAAAAUCUUCAAGUAUUUCGAAUAGUGAGAGGAGACGUUACAGAAAUUCUCCCAUUGAAAGAAGUUUACGCCACAGAAGAAAAUGA